CCACUAGCCAAGCUCAGCCGUUGUCAUGGCGGGGACUGCGUUGCUAAUACUAUCCAUGUUCUGUGUGCUCUUCGACUUUACUAGUGGGGGCUACAUUAUCACUACCCCUCGCCAGUGGAUUACAGGGGACAAGAGUAAAGUGUGCAUCUUCCUGACAGACAACACACCAGCAAGCCCUAUCACUGUUCACCUCACCAAUGCCAAAUUCUUAGAAGAGGAAGAAGCCAUAUUGCCAUACAUAUUGCUUAAUGUCCCUGUUGGUCAAAGGUCAUGGUGCAAGGAGAUAGAUGUACCGCUGACGAAGUACCACAGUGGGAGGUUAAUGGUGGUGGGUCAGCUGGGUGGAACACUGGUUAACCACACAGCCACUAUCAACCUCAAACCCACCACAUCUAUCACCUUUAUUCAGACAGACAAGUCCCUGUAUUUGCCAGGCCAGACAGUCCAAUUCAGGAUCCUCACUAUUUCUGGGCCCUUCAUGCUGGUCUCCACUGAGAAGUACCCCAUUGUAUGGGUUACUACACCCUCCGAUACCCGCGUGGCACAGUGGACCGAUGUGGACAAUUCAGAUGGCCUGGUCCACCUAUCUCUUCAGCUUGCUGAUGAACCUGAGCAGGGUCAUUAUAAUAUCCAUGUGGAGACAGUGCAGGGCACCAAACACUUCUACAGUUUCAACGUGCAGGAGUAUGUCUUGCCACGCUUUGAAGUGGAGGUGACUACGGAUAAGUAUUUCUUGGCUACAGACGUGCAUUUUGCCUUCACUGUUUGUGCAAGGUAUACAUUUGGGCAGCCAGUGAAGGGCAGAGUGAUUUUGAAGGUGGACAAUAACCAAAACCGGAAGUGCUUAUUUAGCACCAUGAGGACGAGCCCGAUUUCUGGGUGCAAGACCUUCCAAGUGAGUGCAGUAGAGGUGAAGGUGGUUGACUGCCAGGUGUACUUGCUCACAGCGCAGGCCAACGUGACCGAGGAUGGCACUGGGGUGAAUCUGAUGGGAAAAAAAAGUGUCCAGGUCUUUCGCACUGCUGUCACCUUGACUCCUGUCUAUGAGGAUGAAUACAUGAAACCUAACCUUCCCUUUACUCUUCAGGUGAGAGCAGAACUACCAGACAAGUCCCCAGCAUCUGGGGAGGCGGUGGAAGUAUGUGCUGCUGGCAAGUGUACUGUAAUGAUGACCCCUGAAGAUGGUAUACUCACUGUCGUCCUUCCCUCUUAUAACUCUAAGAAGCUGUUCAUGAAAACCUUGAACUGUCGAGCAGACAUGAAUGAAGGCACGUUCCAAAAAUACAUGAAGCAUUAUUACUCACCCUCCAACUCCUCGUUGCUCAUCUAUGCCCCAGAAACACAGUUGGAUUGUGUUUCUGGCCAGCCUCGCCAGCACAUUUUGACAGUUUUAUUCUCUGCCACCGGCCAGCCUACUGCAACCAUCACUAUCCAGGUGGUGUCCCGGGGAAUGAUCCAGUAUUGGAGCACACGUGAGUAUGAACUUGUCAACGUAGCGCUGCCAAUCAAAGAGGAAAACUUAGUGGAACCUCUCCCAGCCACUCCUAGGAAUAUAGUAAGGGGCUUCAUCAACAUACCUGUUGAUCUUCCUCACUCUGCUUCUCCCUCUGUAAAGGUAGUGGUAUGGUAUACGCGGCAGGAUGGAGAAAUUGUGUCGGAUGCACGGGAGCUGACAGUAGAGAAGUGCCUGGCAAAUCCAGUAGAUCUGACAUGGGGGGCUACAGAGGUGCAACCUGGUGACAAUGCAGUGUUCACUCUUUCAUCAGAACCCAACUCGCUCUGCAGUCUUGGUGUGGUGGACAAGAGCACCGAACUAUUGUCAGUACGAAAAGACCCCAUCACGUUGGAUACCUUGUUUGAUUACGUUGAUGUAUACAAGAUCUAUCCAUGGAUCAACUCCCAAGUCAAUGAUUAUCUUUACUGUAGAGAUCAAUUUAAUGUCCUGUUGCCAGUUUUGCAACCAGGUGAGAGCAUAGCGAUCUUACCACCAUUCCGGGGGACUGACUACGACUAUUACACUAACUAUGUUGAUGCAUUAAAAAUGUUUGAUGACUCUGGUUUGUACAUCUUCACUGACUUGACUGUGGAGACCAGACCAUGUGAAAAGGAAGAAUGGCAGCCAGUAGUAUUUCAGACGGUAGGAAUUGGAGGAAUGCCAUUCGAAGGGUUCGAUCAGGAAAUCAGAAAGAAAGACCAAGAUGUGCUAGCGAGCAGCGUAAGUGUGGACAGUAGUGAGGACCCAACGACCCCCAGGACAGACUUCCCAGAAACGUGGUUGUGGAGCCUCAUCAAACAACCAUCUUCCGGCAUGACCCACCUGGAAGUGAAAUUGCCAGACACCAUUACGGAGUGGGUGGGUAAAGCAGUGUGCGUGCACCAACAGAAGAGCAUAGGUCUAUCCCCUGUAGCCUCCAUCACCACCUUCACUCCGUUCUUCUUGGACCUGACUCUGCCGUCUUCAGUCAAGCGUGGGGAGAUCCUCCCAGUGAAGAUCUCGGUCUUCAAUUAUUUAAACUAUGAUUUACCUGUAACAGUUGAGCUAGAGAGCAACUCGGGCUACAAGAUUCUGGAGGAGCCAGGUAGGGGAAGGCGUGGGCAGAGGUUAUCUUGUUUGGCUGCACAGGAAAAAGUAGUCCACACAAUUAAGAUAGAUUUUGUGGAACUAGGUGAUGUAGACCUCAUUGUGUCUGCUUUUGUUGACCACAACAGCCCUCUGCAGUGUGAUACAGGACAUGGCGACGUCAGUAGGAGCGAUGCAUUGAUAAAGCCCAUUAAAGUGGAAGCUGAGGGUUUUCCAAAGGAGAAGACUUGGACAAAGUACAUCUGCUCGGAAGAACUGGAAAGCAAAGAGGAUUUCCUGGAGUCAUGGGAGGUAGCAGGUCCUUCAGUCAUUGUGAAUGGAUCCGAGCGAGCUUGGGUCAACGUAGUUGGGGACCUUUUGGGGCCAACACUGGAGAACUUAGGAUCCCUGAUCCGGAUGUCUUAUGGAUGUGGGGAGCAGAACAUGAUCAACUUUGCCCCCAAUAUCUUCAUCCUGCAGUACUUGGAGGUCUCUCAGCAAAACACACCAGAAGUUCUAAAGAAGCUCACCACCUUAAUGAAUACUGGAUAUCAGCGCCAGCUUUUGUAUCGUCGUGGAGAUGGCUCCUUCAGUGCCUUUGGCAAUGCCGACCCCUCAGGCUCUACUUGGCUCACUGCCUUUGUACUAAAGUCUUUUGCUCAGGCACGCCAGUAUAUAAUAAUUGACGAGUCAGGACUCGAUGAGACCAGCGCAUGGCUGAAGAUGAAACAGGGGAAGAAUGGAUGUUUCUUAUCUGUUGGGAAGGUCAUCCACAAGGACAUGAAGGGUGGGAUAGAAGGGACCGAGUCUGCCGUGCCAUUGACAGCCUAUGUAGUGAUCUCCCUUCUUGAGGCUGGGAAUAAUCCCUCUGAUCCAGAGGUGUCUGAAGCUCUCCAGUGCCUUGGGGACAGCAAGACCACCAUAAAUGCCUACAUUCUAUCACUUAAGGCUUAUGCUCUGGCUCUUGCCCAUCAUUCAGAUGCACCACAGGUACUGCAGCAGCUUCUCAACCAGGCUGUGGUGCAAAGUAACUCUGUCUACUGGAAACUUCCACAUGGACCAGGAAGAGGCCUUGGCCUGGAAGUGGAAACUGCUGGAUAUGCUGUCCUGGCAAUGGUAACCCUCGAUGUAAACAAGUAUCGCAUACAGGCCAGGAAGGUGAUAAAGUGGAUCACUGCACAAAGAAAUGGGAGAGGUGGCUUUUAUUCAACACAGGACACUGUAGUGGCUCUGCAAGCUCUGGCUGUCUACGAGACAUCCCAGCACCAGGGACCUCUGAAUGUGAAUGUGGCAGUAACUGCUGCUGGGUUACUCCACACUUUCAGCAUAACAGAGUCCAAUAAGCUCCUGCAGCAAACGAUAGAGUUUCCCAGUCUCCCAACUAUUGUGUCUGUUGAUAUGGAGGGUCAGGGCUGUGUUGUUUUGCAGGUUGUACUCCGAUACAACAUUCCUAUCCCAGAGCAAGGCACUGCGUUUAGUCUCACUGUAAAGACGAGGACUGAGCCUGAUGUGGCCUGUGUCACGAAAGUCAUCACAGUUUGUGCUGGUUACCAUCUUGCUGAUGGCAGCUCCAACAUGGCUGUUAUUGAGGUCAACAUGGUUUCUGGCUAUAUACCUAUGAAAGUUGAUCUUAACGAGGUCGUUAAGGAAAGUAAUAUUAUAAAGAAAUAUGAGGUGGCCGGAAAUCUUGUAUCCUUGUACCUGGACGAGUUGACGGCCACCAAAACUUGCUUAGAGUUCCGCUUAGUACGUGAUGUGGAAGUUGAGAAUGUUAAACCAGGCACAGUGGUAGUGUUUGACUACUACCAGCCAGAAUUCUCACUGAGCAAGAGCUACAGCCUUCCACCUGCAGAUGAGUGUAGAUGAUGUAUCAGCUUGUAUGCCACCACUACCUCAACAAAACUUAAAUAUGUCAUGUGACCUGUGUUAGUAUCGGAUGCAACGGGCAUGAAACUACCAAUUCGGGUUCAUUGUUAACUUAUUAAAUAUUAAUACUGUAA